AGCUUCUGUCGCAAGUCGACAUCGUCCUCUCCUCUCCUCUUUUUACUAGCUCGUGAAUCCCCUUAUUCCGCUCGAUCGUGCACCCUAAUGGCGCCCAAGGCCGAGAAGAAGCCGGCGGAGAAGAAGCCUGCUGCCGCCGCCGAGAAGCCGGCCGUGGAUAAGGAGAAGAAGUCUGUGGCCGAGAAAGCCCCAGCUGAGAAGAAGCCCAAGGCCGGGAAGCGCAUCCCGUCCUCCAAGGACGGCGCGGGUUCGGCCGGCGACAAGAAAAGGAGGAAGGCGAAGAAGGGGACGGAGACCUACAAGAUCUACAUCUUCAAGGUGCUCAAGCAGGUCCACCCGGACAUCGGCAUCUCCAGCAAGGCCAUGUCCAUCAUGAACUCCUUCAUCAACGACAUCUUCGAGAAGCUCGCCCAGGAGGCCUCCCGCCUCGCCCGCUAUAACAAGAAGCCCACCAUCACGUCUCGCGAGAUCCAGACCUCCGUCCGUCUCGUCCUCCCCGGUGAGCUCGCCAAGCACGCCGUCUCUGAGGGCACCAAGGCCGUCACCAAGUUCACCAGCUCUUGAACGGUGACAAGAUUCGGAUCUGGGAACCUAGGGUUUUCUCUAAACACUCUCUGCUUUUUUGUGAGCCUCGUAUUUUGUUCUGCUAUCUUGAUGGAUGAUGAUUGCUGUUGUAAUAUACUAGUUUAUGAUCAAAAGAAAAGAGAGAGGAUUCUCA